GCGGCGGGCGGCGACGGCGUCGCUGUCGCCGGGGGCUGGCGUCCGCGCUGGCCGUCCGGGCUUGAGCCUGGGGCGUGGGCUUCAGCAACGCUCCUCCGGGACGUCCGUGGAGCAGCGAGCUGGCUCCCUUUCUGGCCCUCAAUGUGUGUGUGGAGCUGACCCCUCCCUCGCACAGCCCUGCUUUGGCCUGGAGAGGGAAGCCCCCGCCCUGAGGAAGGGGUUCGAAAGCCUGGGGGCCUCUCGAGAAGACGCGGGGUGCCCGAGCUCUGCGACCAUGAAGGUCAAGGUCAUCCCUGUGCUCGAGGAUAACUACAUGUACCUGGUCAUCGAGGAGCGCACGCGGGAGGCUGUGGCCGUGGACGUGGCCGUGCCCAAGAGGCUGCUGGAGAUCGUGGGCCGGGAGGGGGUAUCACUGACAACCGUGCUGACCACCCACCACCACUGGGACCACGCGCGGGGCAACGUGGAGCUGGCGCGGCUGCGGCCGGGGCUGGCGGUGCUGGGCGCGGACGAGCGCAUCUGCGCGCUGACCCGCAGGCUGGUGCACGGCGAGGAGCUGCGGGUGAGCGCGCGCCCGGGAGGGCGGGGAAUCGCCUUGGGCCCUCCCGCCUCACCAGCCGCCCGCCCCUCUGCCGCAGUUUGGGGCCAUCCACGUGCGCUGCCUCCUGACGCCGGGCCACACCUCCGGCCACAUGAGCUACUUCCUGUGGGAAGAGGAGUGUCCGGAUCCGCCCGCGGUGUUCUCCGGGGAUGCGCUGUCGGUGGCUGGCUGUGGCUUGCGCCUGGAGAGCACAGCUCAGCAGAUGUACGAGAGCCUGACAGAGACCUUGGGCAGCCUGCCUCCGGAGACGGUGAGCGGCCAUCCCUUCCCCUCCCGCAGGGUCCAGCCUCCCUGUACAACCUGCAGGCUCUGUCCGUGACUUGUGCCACAGGGGUGCAGAAUGAACACUCAUCAGCCGAGGAGCCAAGGCAGACCAGAAGGUGUUCUGUGGUCAUGAGCACACGCUGGGCAAUCUUGAGUUUGCACAGAAAGUGGAGCCCGGCAAUGACCAUGUGAGAGCCAAGCUGUCAUGGGCUAAGAAGAGGGACGAGGAUGACAUGCCCACAGUACCAUCCACCCUGAGUGAGGAGCUUCUCUACAACCCUUUCCUAAGGGUGGCGUGAGUACUGAUCGGCGUCCCAGGCCUUAUGGGGGCCCCGUGCCCACCCCAGGGGCUGCGCCCCAGAGCAGGAUGCCUCGUAGCUGGCCUGCUGUCCUUUGGUCCUCCUUGGCAUCAUUUGGGCACUGCAGGAGGUGCCAGGGGACUGGUUAUUGGGCUGACUGGCACCAGGGAGCAGCUGCUCUUUAAGUGUCCUCUGCCAACACCCCCUGGCAGUUCCCCAACAGACUCCCCACGGUGUCCCCUUUCCCCACAGAGAAGAGCCUGUGCGCAAGUUCACGGGGAAGGCAGCCCCAGCUGAGGUCCUGGAGGCACUUUGCAAGGAGCGGGCGAGCUUCCAGCGGGCGGCUGAGCCGGUGCAGCCGCAGGCUCGGGCUCUCCUGGCACUGCAGUGGGGGCUCCUGGGCACACCUCGACAGAAAUGAGCCCCAAGUAGACCGCUGUGGGGGCAGGCAGCACAUCUCUCCUUCAAACCUCGGCCGACUGAGCCCACAGGAUUGCCUCUGGAACCUUCCAUGGCCCUGCCCAGCUGGCUGUCCAGCCUUGGUGGGGGGGGUGCCCUGGCCCUGGACAUGUGAGGCCCCUGUCUGGGGUGCAUGUGAGCCCUGAGGUCUGGACGUUUCAGAAGCAGCGUGCUGGAGUGCACAGGGCUUCCGAACUUUGAAUAAAGCUGUGAAAGGUU